GGGGGCUUCCUCGCACGCGCUCGUCUCCUGGGCAGGGAUAAGAACCCAGCGGUCGGUCGGAAGCAGCUUCCUCCCAGUCCAGGUAGUGGAGAGGCCAAGGAGGGAGUUACAGAAAUUCUUCUCACUAGGAAGAAAGGUCUGGAGGUUGGGGCAGGGCUUGGAUCUCGAGGGGGCCGGGCUCGGCUAGUGCCGGGGGCGGGAGCAGCGGCCGGAGAGUCGAGUUUUGCAGCGGGAGCUGGAACCCGCAGCCACCUCUCUCCGCUCGCUCCUAUUCUAGCUCCCUCGUCCCUCCUCCUUCUCCUUCGCCUCCGGCGGCCGUGAUGGGCUUCGGGAGCCGGCUGGCCCAGCUGGGCGCCCUGUUUCUGCUGCUGCGGCCGAAGCCUCUGUCCGAAGCGAUCGUGCCCCGGGUCAGCCUGCCUUACGGCUCAGAGGAGCGGACAGUUUGGAGGUUUGAAGCAGAGGGCAUCACCAACUACACAACACUAUUGUUGAGCAAAGAUGGAAAAACCCUGUUUGUGGGGGCCCGGGAGGCUCUCUUUGCUCUCAGUAGCAGUAGCAGUUUCCUGCCCGGGGGUCACUACCAGAAGCUGCUGUGGAGUGCUGACCCAGAGAAGAAGCACCAGUGUGUCUUUAAAGGAAAGGACUCACAGAGGGACUGUCACAACUACAUCAAGCUUCUCCAGCCAUUCAACAGCAGCCACCUCUACACCUGUGGCACAGCUGCCUUCAGCCCGGUCUGUGCCUACAUAAACAUUCAGAACUUUAGCUUGGAGCGAGAUGAGCAGGGAAACGUCCUGCUAGAGGAUGGGAAAGGCCGCUGUCCAUUUGACCCGGAGUACAAGUCCACGGCCAUCAUGGUUGAUGGUAAGCUCUAUGCCGGAACAGUCAGCAACUUCCAGGGGAAUGAGCCAACCAUCUCCCAGAGCCAGGGGAAUCGGCUCACCCUCAAGACUGAGAACUCCCUCAACUGGCUUCAAGACCCUGCCUUUGUGAGCUCCGCUUACAUUCCUGAAGAGCCUGGACAACCCGAGGGGGACGAUGACAAGAUCUACUUCUUCUUCAGCGAGACUGGCAAGGAAUUUGACUUCUUUGAGAACACCAUUGUGUCCCGAAUUGCCGUGUGUGCAAGGUGCUGCUCUUACCAGAGCCUGGCUCAAGGUCCCCACCUCUCCGCGUGGUUUCACAAAACUCAAACUGAUUCUUCUCUCCUGACAGGGGGGACCUGGGUGGGGAAGAGAGUAUUGCAGAGACGCUGGACAUCUUUCUUGAAAGCCCAGUUGCUUUGCUCCCGGCCAUCUGACGGCUUCCCCUUCAAUGUACUCCAAGAUGUCUUUGUGCUGAGCCCGAGCAAAGAACAAAAGAACCGGCAAGACACCCUCUUCUAUGGAGUCUUUACUUCACAGUGGCAUCAGGGAGCUGCAGGGGGCUCAGCCAUAUGUGUCUUCACCAUGCAGGAUGUGGAGAGUGCCUUCAAUGGCCUCUAUAAGGAAGUAAAUCGAGAAACCCAGCAGUGGUAUACAGUGAUGGAUUCUCCAACGCCCCGGCCAGGAGCGUGCAUCACUAAUAGUGCCCGGGAAAAGAGGAUCAAUUCCUCUCUGCAGCUCCCUGACCGUGUACUUAACUUCCUCAAAGAUCACUUUUUGAUGGAUAAGCAGGUCCGUAGCAACGCGAUGCUGCUACAGACCAGGGCCCGUUAUCAGCGCCUCUCUGUGCAUCGAGUCUUUGGCUUACACCAUACUUACGAUGUCCUCUUCCUGGGCACAAGCGAUGGGCGAUUGCACAAGACUGUGAGCUCGAAGCAGAGGGUGCAUAUUAUUGAGGAGAUCCGGCUCUUCCCACCUAAUCACCCUGUACAGAACUUACUGUUGGAUCCCCAAAGAGGACUGCUGUAUGCUUCUUCCUACUCGGCGGUGGUUCAGGUGUCUGUGGCUAACUGUAGCCUGUAACCAAGUUGUGGGGAGUGCAUCCUGUCUCGAGACCCUUACUGUGCCUGGAGUGGGACCAGCUGCAGGGAUGUCCGGCACUACCAGUCUGAACUGGCCUCACAGCCAUGGGUGCAGGACAUUGAAGAUGCCAACACGGAGCAGCUCUGCAACAAUUCUGCACUCAGCCCCGUGGCUUCUACCUUGUCAGAUGAGAUGCCAUGCAAGCAAGUACACUUCCUGCCCAACACUGUCAACACCCUGACCUGCCGACUGCUCUCCAACCUGGCAUCCCGACACUGGUUACACAACGGGGCCCCCAUCAACAACUCCGCCUCUUACCGAGUGCUGCCCAGCGGGGACCUGCUCCUGGUGGGCAGCCAGGAUGGGCUGGGUUCUUUCCAGUGCUGGUCCCUUGAGGAGAACUUUCAGCAGCUGGUAGCCAGCUACUGUGUGGAGGCUACCGAGGGAGCAGCGAAUGGGGAGGACGGCUCCAUCAUCCCGGUCAUCAUCAAUACCUCUCGGGUGAGCUCACCCGCCAAUGGAAAGGCCGCUCUGGUCCCGGACAAAACCUACUGGAAUGAGUUCCUGCUGAUGUGCGGCCUGUUUGGAUUUGCUGUUGUGCUUCUUGCCCUCUUCUUCCUUUAUCGGCACCGGGAUGGCAUGAAGGUCUUCCUCAAGCAGGGAGAGUGUGCCAGUGUUACACCCCAGGACCCGCCAGUGAUGCUACCAUCGGAAAACCGGUCCCUCAAUGGAGGCGGCCCGCCCAGUGCCCUGCCCGAUCACAAGGGUUACCAGGCCCUUGCUGACAGCUCUCCAGGCCUUAGAGCUUUCACUGAAUCCGAGAAGAGGCCGCUCAGUAUUCAGGACAGCUUCGUAGAGGUGUCUCCUCCAUGCCCCCCGGCCCGGGUACGGCUGGGCUCUGAGAUCCGUGACUCUGUGGUAUGAGCACAGGAGAUGGGUAAAAGCUAAGCCGGGCCCUAGGGACAAUGACUCUAUUGAGAUUGACCAGCCCUACCUCUUUUCCUCAUCAAACCACCCAGAAUUCAAAGAAUGGAGCUAGCUUGUGGCUAGCUCGCUCCUACUUCCUAUGGGAGUCUCUGAGGGAAGAGGAUGGUCAGAUGCCUUGGAGCAUGGCUCUGAGGCCUCCUUCCCCUCGGCCAGGAAUGGAAAAGAGAGGUGGGGCCUAGAGGGGCCCAGUCGUGCAGUGACCUAUCUCAUCCUAUUCUGUCUUUGCUAAGAGAUCGGACAGACUAGCUCUCCUGAGCCCUUGUGAAAACAUUUUUCUUAAAAAAAAAAAGAGAGAGAGAGAGAAUGUGAAACAAGGGGUGAGACAUGAUCAAGAACUUUCCUUUGAGCCUGUUUGGGAAGGGAUUCAGUUCAUGGCUCCCCUCCCUUACAUGAUUUCCAUGGGCAUUUUGGAAUGUACCAGGACAAUGAGAGAUCUGCCUGAGCCUGAGUUUGAAAUCCAUCUUCUCUUCGUCAGCGUGCCUCCUUCCAGUUCUUCUUGUGUUCUGCUGCCAAAGUCAGUCACUGCAGAGAACCUAGGGCCAUCUCUGAGGCCCCCAAGGAAUCUUGGUCCUGCUGUGUCAAGCACCCCUUACGCCUGCCCCUUGAAGGUGAGAAAGACCACCCAGGACACACUUUCUCCCUACCUCCACAGAGCAGGCUGCAGACACAGGAGGAUCAUUAUGUCACUGCCGUACCCUGCCAAGACACCAGACUAGUAGUGGCUUCUAUACCUGCUCUUGGGACCCUAGAGGGCUGGCAUAAGGCUGGUGUGAUCACCGUGUCAAGGGAGGAGAUAGAAGCACAUUCCAUUUUUUUAUGGGGUUCAUGUUGAACAUCAAAGACUAGACUUACUGUCUUCCCUUCCCAAUAAUCUAAAAGAACCACUGUGUCCUCAUCCUUCUUUGUCCUUUGACCCUGUUGGACUUCCUCCCGCUUUCCAUAAAUGACUAACCUCCCCAAGCUUAAUAAUUCUCUGGCCCUUUGUGCUGUUUCUGCCCAAAGGGACGCUGACACUGCCCAGCUCAGGGGCCAUGAGUCUAUGGGGUUUUGUAUCAUUUUUUUUUUUUAUAAAAUGCACUUUACUUUUUUUUUUAAAUAAAAAUCCAAAAUUGAAUUUUA